CGUUUGGCUCGUGCACCAUGGCGGUGCCCUUUCUGUACGAUCUCGUCGGCUUUGGGGGCAACCUCGAGUACAUUGCCUCUGUCUUGUCGCCCGCCUUUAUGCUGCUCCUCGGCGAUCAAGUGUACGCAGAUGUCGACAUGUAUCCGCGGGACACGGGCGCCUUGUACGAAGCGACGGUCCACGACCGGAGCUACAAGGCGCUCACGCAGUCGACGCCGAUCUUUAGCAUGUACGACGACCACGAGAUUUACAACAACUGGAACCAAGGCGAAGACGACGACCCGCUGUACACCGAACGCGUUGGUCUCUUCCAUCGGUACUUUGGCCAGCGCAACCCUCGGCCGCUGCGAGACGGCGAUCACUACUAUGCGUGGCAGGCGGGCGCGGCGUCCUUCUUCAUGCUCGACGUGCGCAAGUACGCGUCGCCCAAAGCCAUGGUCGACGGCCCGCAAAAGACGAAGCUCGGCGCCGUGCAGAAAAGCCAUCUCCUUUCGUGGCUCCUUGCCGCCGAGACGCCGUUCAAGUUCAUCGUCUCGCCCAUGGUCGUCUCGAGCCUCGGGCUGCACAGCACGGACGAGGGCUGGGCGCUGUACCGAGCCGAGUACCACGAGAUCUUUGAUGUUGUCGUGGCGCACAACAUCUCGGGCGUUGUCGUGCUCUCGGGCGAUCUGCACUGGGCUGGCUUUUUUCAACACGGCGCCUACCCCUUCUUGUUCGAGAUGGGUGCGUCUCCGAUCGCAGCGCUGCCUGUGCCACCGUUUCUGCCGCGCUGGCUGGUCAACUCGACCGACACGCUGCAUUUUAGCAGCUGUACGGGGACCCACUUCGGCCUUGUGGACGUGGCAUCGACGAGGCUGAGCAUGACCAUAUACCGCGCGCGCUUUGGAUGGCCCGAGCCCGUGUUUACGCGGGAGCUGCUCUGGACCGAUACGAUUCCCGUCCCCGCGCGCUAACAAAGACUCGCGAAACACUUUUUUUGUGUCAACGCCAAACGAAGCC